AUGAAGCUCUCCUCAGCUAUCUGCUGCGUCUUCGCGACUCUCACCGUCGCCUUCCCUUCAGACUAUCUCAAGAUCGCAACAUGGGGUGUUGAGGGUUAUGCAAAGGAUAACCCCAUCGGCGUAACCACGGGCGGCAAGGGUGGCAAGACAGUCACCGUCACAACAGCCGAGGAGCUUGUCGAGGCUGUGAAGGGUAAUGCACCCAAGAUCGUCAAGCUCAAGGGCAAAGUCGUUCUUCCUGCUCGUCUCGCCGUUGGAUCCAACACCUCUCUCAUCGGCGUUGGGCUGUCUGCUCAUAUCACCGGCAAGGGAUUGAACGUGUACAAUGGUGAUAAUGUCAUCAUUCAGAACCUCAAGAUCACCGAGAUCUUGGAUAAUGAUUGUAUUACCAUUCGAAACAGUACCCGUGUUUGGGUUGACCACAAUGAGUUCUCUUCCGACAUUGACGGUGGCCCUGAUAAAUACGACGGACAAGUUGACAUCAUCCGCGCCUCGGACUUUAUCACCGUCUCAUGGAACUACUUCCACGACCACUGGAAGUCUUCCCUCGUAGGCAACGACGAUACUUUCCGUGACCUCGACUUUGGCCAUCUUCACGUUACAUACCAUCACAACUACUGGAGACACAUGGGUACCCGUGGACCUGCUGGACGAUUCGGUCAUCAGCACGUGUACAACAACCUCUACGAGGACUUCCUGUACCAAGCCAUCCACAGUCGAUCCGAUAACCAGGUCCUUGUCGAAGGCAAUGUCUUCCGUGGCAACACCAGCGAAGCGCUCAGCACUUACGGUCUGGUCAUCCCCAUGGACUCGCCCAACACUUGCGUUUGUGGUGAUGAGGAGCUCGAUGGCUUUGCUAACCUUGGAGCAAAGAACGACUGGGGCAAUGCUGGAGUUAACAUCACGCAGAAGGGUGACUUUUACAAGGCUGAUUACAAGUUCAAGUUGACUCCUCUUAAGCUUGUCCCUGCUGUGGUCAAGCUUGGCGCUGGUAUUGGAAGAAUCUGGUAG